UCGCAAUUUGUUUAAACAAAUUAUUGGUUUAAAUCGACGCAUUCGGUGGGAUCUGCUCUAAACUCUGAGCGCCUAUUGGUCAAAAUAACAAAUAUUCCACGCACGUGGAAAAAAGGAAAAGGGAGGGGCGAAAAUUAAAGGGGCAAACAAUGACAUAUUUAGCUGCCCAUGGUCAAUGCCUUCAACAACUCGAGAAUUUCAAUAAAGCUUUUGUUUUUCAUAGCAGUCAGAGCGCUCCGAUUUGACAGUCCAUUUUAUCACGAUUUCUUUUAAUGACAAACGACAGAAGUGCUGGGGACGCUGCUUGGGUGAUGCAUCAUCAAAUGCAGUCGAAUCCCAAAUCCGCCUGGCCCUCAAAUUUCAACACGGAAAAUAAUAACGUGAACUGGAAUAACGCUAUGGACGCUUCCCAAUACCCAGGUUACUCCUCAAACUACUGGUAUCCCCAGACACAUUCCACAGCAGGGCACUAUCCAAAUGCCUACCCUUCAGGAUCUGACGUACAGCCACCUUACAACCCACAGGCAAUGCAAGCAUAUCCAAAUGGCCACGGCGUCUAUAACACUGGUCCAGGCCAAUAUCCGGCAAAUUCUUUCCACCCAUCCAACCCAUUCUACUGUGCAGAGCAGAUGUCUCCCAGGCAGGCAACAGGCCAGUACCCUAGCCAGGGCUGCCCAGGACCAGAGCAGAGCACAGUCGGGUCAGGACAACCCCACAACCAGCACCAACAUCAGCACCACCACUACCCUGGACCACACUGUCAAGGGGCCCCUAGCUAUCCUCCUGGGUCUUACACACACUAUGGGGAGGGUGGUCCUGCAUUGCCUGCAAACCCCCAAUACCCCACUGGACAGGCCCUUCACCCUAGGCCGCAGGCUGAGGCUUGGGCCCACUCAGGUGGGUAUGGGCCCUCACACCAGCAGUGGCAGCCAGGCACCCAACCUCUGCACAGCAACUAUGGAAACCCUGUCCGCCCACAACACCCCCCAGCCUGGCCAGGCACUGGCACUGGAGCCCCACCCCCCUAUGAAGCCAAGGACCAGCACUACCCAGGACCCCACCAGCACCAGUGUGCCCCACAGGUGGGACCCAAACCCAGACCAGCCCCCUCCCCUAACCCCACUAAUGGCAAGCCCGUCGACUUCAGCUCACCUCCCCAGAUGUACAACAAACCAGGACGAGGGGGGGUGCAGGAACCAAAGCCUUCCCAGGGUGAGCCUCCAACCCAGCCCCAGGGGCCAAUCGGGCCCCAGCCCCUGAGCGACAACCCCAGCUUGGCCAAAGUCCAGCAGGUCAUGGCCCGGGUGCUUUUGCUCCAUGAGGAUGUGGAUGAGUUUGUGGGUAAAAAAUCGGACAAGAGUUACCGAUACCUGGAGGAACUGCUGACCAAGGAGCUGCUGGUUCUGGACUCAGUGGAGACCCAGGGACAGGAAGUGGUCAGGCAGGCCCGGAAGGAGGCUGUGCAGAGGAUCCAGGCCAUCCUGGACCGGCUGGAGAAAAAGGCCUUCUGAAUUGGACCGGUUCUGGUUCUAAGGGUCUUACUGUUCUUUUUUUGUGACAUUUGAAUCUAAACCGGUCCCUUGGAAUUAAAUGCCCAAUUCUGUUUGUUGACUACAUCUCCUGGAUCGUAAAGGUUUAGAUAGACUGGUUCUCAACAAGGACUUUUGGUUUGUAAUCAGGCCAGCUUAUGCUACUUCACGCAGGUGUGAUCAGGAACAUAAGAGAUGCCAUGUCAAAGUAUUCAUGAUGGCAAAUGUAAUGGUUGUACAUAUCAAGUCAUGACUAAGUUAUGGUGUUGUUGGGUUAGUUGUCAUAACCCGACAUUAGUGUCCAUGAUGGCUUAAAGCAUCGGUUAUGUCAUGCUUGUGCCAGUGUAAUGUAGUCUUAUAAUGGUGGUUUCAUAUAGUGUCACCAUGUUCAUUUCAAAGUAGGUAAAUGUUGCCCUUUAAUCACUGAUAGGGUGAGAUGUUUUUGCUUGGUUAAUAAGGCUUGGAUUUGGCAUAGGCUAAUCUGAUCCUAGAUCUGUGUUCAAAGGCCACUUCUACCAUGAGUGUUCCAUUCACCAUGUUUUCUUACAUGUUGCGAACCAUUUGCACGACCAUGAGAUUUUCCCUUUCACUCACCCUAACCUUAUCACCCACAUGUCAUUGUAAGCAGAAUGCAAACAGUGUGCGUUCACACACAGCCUUCCAAAUUGCCGCAGGGAUUUACAUUAAGGGUUGCCCCAUUGCCUUUGUCAAGUUAAUUGGGCGGUCAUGCAAGUUGAGCCUGCUCUGAGGUUGCUCCAUUAGUCAGGUGAUAUGUUUUUAGAAAGUGAAUACAACCAAACUGCAAAGAAUUUCAAUAGCCUAAAACUGAUAUCCCUUUAGGUGAAAGAAAGAUUUAUGGUAGUUGGGAAGGUCACACUUUUUUUACUGAUUUAAAAAAAAGUGAAAGGCAGGCAAUAUGGCGCUUCUGCUUCAUUUACAUUUGAGCAAGUGACCAUAAUAUUUGAGCAACCAUAAAAAUUAUCUUGACUUGCCUUUUGUAGACUUUAAUAUCAAUCCCUAGGUGGGUAACGUUACACACAGUAUCUACAAAGGUAGAGUCAAUUGCUUUUCAAUGCGGUCGAUGGAAGAAAUUCAAUUAAUGACUUAGUUGCUCAAUGGAAAUAUUGAAGUUUCAAUUCACUCCCUGAAUGAAUUGUUUUAAUUCCAUCUAUCCUAACCCUGGUAUGUAUGUAUGUAUAGUAGUUGGUCUACAACUCCUCCACAAUGCUUUUGCCAUUGAUUGGUGUUAGACAUUGUAAUUAAGUGCAGGCCUAGAAUCAGUUUAGUGUUAUUCUUUGAAGGACGAAAAGGAAAAUUGACCUUAGACCCUUUUGAAUUACUUCCUUGUUUAGAGUAAUCUCUGACCUUUCUACCAGUUUUACCAUUCAAGUUCAUAUCAGACCAGGACCCAUAUCCAUAAAUCGUCUCGGAAUAUGAGUGAUCUAGUAUCAGGUCCACCCUGUCCAUAUAAUCUUAUUCAUUAUGAUCUAAAAGGUGAAACUGAACCUAGAUCAGCACUCCUACGUAGAGGCUUUGUGGAUACGGGCCCAGUGAUAUUUUAAGGAAGAAGGAUGUAUUGAAACAGGUGGUUGGGGUCAGCUUCAUCCUACAGCACUAUGAUUGGAUGUUUAUUUAUUUCAAAACCACAAAUCAAAUCACUUUCUUAGAUUGUGUUAAUUUCUUAGAAAUCAGCUACUUUGAUCAAAAUAAAUAAUAAUAAUAAUCACGAGUGCCAUAAUAUCGGCAGGUGCUUUUUCAAAUCGUUAUAAAAAAUAAACUUUAAAUCUCUUAAGCUUUGCAUGGAUCAAAAUGUUCUGUUUGUCAUGUUUCUUUUUUUCCUGUGAUGUUAUUUUUGUGUUCAGAUAGAGAACCAUUCACUAACUAAAAAAACUAUAUAUUUGUAACAGGGACCAAGGUCCUGUCUACAGCGGUUUCUGACGUAAUUGCAUGUUUCCAACAUAAGAUGGGACUAUUUUCCUGACUGAUUCAGAAAUGACUACAGCUCAAACAGAUGAAUUGCAUUAAAUGUCAGUACAUUUUUCAAA